AUGGCCUCAGACAAGGGAGAUAAUCUGGAGACUGUCUCCGGAAAGGACCACCUUGUUUCCCAGGUAAAGCAUACCCUGAAGCUUUCGACCGACUAUGCUCUUGGUUCGGUACGCCCCGACGGGCAUUGGUGCGGGGAGCUCAGAUCAAACGUCACUAUCACGGCCGAGUAUGUCUUCCUUCAACAAGCUUUGGGGCUAGACUUGCAAACCGACCGCACAGCAUACUGUCGCUAUAUCCUAUCAGAGCAGAACAGUGAUGGCUCCUGGGGCCUGGCGCCCGGUUAUGCAGGCGACGUAUCGACGACGACCGAAGCCUACUUGGCACUCAAAUUACUGGGGACGAGCACAGAAACACCAGCCAUGCAACGAGCCCAGGCUUUUACCCUUACUGCCGGUGGAGUUGCGAGGGUCCGCGUGUUUACGCGCAUUUUCCUGGCAACCUUCGGCUUAUUUCCAUGGGAUGCGGUACCCCAACUACCCGUUGAGCUCAUUCUUCUUCCUUCCAGCUGUCCAAUCAACAUCUACACGUUGGCAUCCUGGGCCCGUGGUACGAUUGCCCCAUUGCUGAUCAUCUGCCAUCAUCGGCCUGUCUACGCGCUACCGGACGACUAUCUAGACGAGUUGUGGCAGAACCCGACGAACAAGAACGUGCCGUACGGCUCAUCUAUCUGGGAGCUGCUGUCUCAGAGAGACAUUCCUGGGCUUGCAUUUACUGCCGUGGACCGGUUGCUUUAUCAACUGGGUGGACUUCGCUCGAUCCCGCUGCUGCGAUCUUACGCCCGACGGCAAUGUAUCAAGUGGAUUCUGGAGCGCCAGGAACCAACCGGCGACUGGGCCGGGAUCUUUCCCCCUAUGCAUGCCAGUGUGUAUGCUUUCGUGCUUGAGGGAUACAAGUUGGACGACCCUCCAGUCCGCCUUGGAAUCCAAGCCAUAGAAAACUUUGCCUGGGAGGAUGAACAGGGCAAAAGAAUCCAACCCUGUGUUUCUCCCGUGUGGGACACGGCUUUGAUGUCCAUUGGGCUCUGCGAUGCCAUGUCACACGAUCGGCAAACCCUUGAUCAAGCUAUCACAUGGAUCCGAAAUCGCCAAUUACUCGAGCCUCGCGGGGAUUGGCGCGUAUACCGACCCCAGCUAGCUCCAGGCGGCUUCAGCUUCGAGUAUGAGAAUAGCCACUAUCCCGAUGUGGAUGACACGGCCGCGAUUAUUCUUGCCCAGGUAAAGCAUGAUGCUCGGUCCAUCAAUUCAGACUCUGUGAUUGCAGCAGCCACAUGGAUUCUGGGCAUGCAGAAUCCUGAUGGGGGGUGGGCUGCCUUUGAUGUGGAGAACGAUAAGCUAUUCCUCAACAAGAUCCCUUUCAGCGACAUGGACAGCCUGUGUGACACAUCUUGCGCUGAUAUCACUGGGCGGAUCCUGGAAGCCUUUGGACUGAUGAUGACGCAUGAUUCAGAGAAGACCGGGGUUUCUCCCAUGCUGCGUGCAGCAUGCACCCGCGGAGUCACUUACCUUGCCUCCACGCAAGAGCCUAGCGGAGCGUGGCUCGGACGAUGGGGAUGCAACUACAUCUACGGGACGUCUCAUGCGCUGUGCGGCCUGUCGUACUUCGUCAGUCAUGAUGAGCGAGUUAGCGGGUUGGUGAACCCGGCUCUGCAAUGGAUCAAAUCCAAGCAAAAUGCUGAUGGCGGCUGGGGCGAAUCAUUGCUGUCUUACCGAUCACCCGACAGUCAGCAGCAGCACCAAGAGUCAACAGCGUCGCAAACUGCAUGGGCGCUGAUGGGAUUAUUGGCCCAUCUGCCCGUCACGGAUGCUGCUAUUGAGUGCGGCAUUCGGUGGCUGGUAUCCGCGCAGAGACCGGAGAAAGGUAUUGGAGUUUCAUGGCCUGAGGCUGCAAUCGUCCCCCUCCGGUACUGGGAUGAUCUAGAUUAUCUCCGUCGGCUCUGUCAUGACUUUACCUUUCGGUUUGAUGAUGUGUUGGAUGUUGCGAAGCUGGAGGGGGCAUUGGCACGACUGAUGGAGAUAGGGGACUGGGGACAGUUGGGGGCGAGGUUGAGAUUAAAUGAUAGUGGACAUCUCGAGUAUCAUGUUCCGGCGGAGUAUACCAAAACCAGACCGGGGUUUAACUUCACCACGACUGAGUAUGGGUUACGACAGGAUCAGUCGGUGCUGUUGCCUUCGCCGGCAUUGUUUGCGCCGUUGGUCCGGCAUGCGGAUAGUCCGCGGGAGUUGGCGGAUUGGAUAUACUCGGACCGGCCUCAGUUGCAUAUUCACGUUGCGCUGUUUGAGGAUGCAACGCUUGUGACGAUCAGUUAUGUGCAUACGCUGUUUGAUGCGAUUGCACGGACUACGUUCUUCAAGGCGUGGAUAGCUGUUCUUAGGGGAAGAGAGGAUGAGGUGCCGGAUUUCAUUCCGUUCGAUCAUGACCCGCUCUGUACCUUGGGAUCGAGUGCAUCUGCCCAGAGGUAUAGUAACUUUGGACGAGUGGUUCGCGGGGUGGGACUGGUCGUUUUUGGCCUGCGGUAUUUGUUUGACCUGUUGUGGUUCUGGAAGGAGGAGGAGCAUCCGAUCCGUUUACCGGGGCGAUGUGUGGACAGGCUGAGGGAAACGGCGCGGAAGGAACUCGCUGCUGCCACUCCGAGCGGAGGGGAGGCGCCCUUUGUGAGCGAGGGCGAUGUCGUAGUGGCCUGGUGGGUGAGGACUAUGGUCACGGCCUUGAACCCGCGGCCGCAUCGAACCAUCAUGGUGAUGAACGUGUUCAAUGUAUGGGCGCUUUUUGACGAGUGGUUCCCGACUGGCGGUGCCGGAUUCAUAGGGAAUGCCUUCUUCUAUUCUUACACCUUGUUGGUUGCGAACCAGGUUCUUCAGGAUACUAAGCUCGGGCAUGUGGCUUCCAGGAACCGUCAGGCGCUCAUGGAGCACCGAACCAGGGACCAGGUUCAAGCAAUGACCGCCAUCCAGAGGGCAUCGUUGACGCGGACCCCGCCGGUUGUCGGAGAUGCGAAUCUGCUCUUCAUGGCCUGUACUAACCAACAUAAGGCCAGAUACUUUGAACUGGACUUUUCGGCGGCGGUGGUCUCCCCUGGUCUGCCGUUGAGUGAAAGACCACAUGCCCUGGGUAGACCGUCCUAUAUCAACGACAUUGAGCAUUGUCGAGCAUAUCCAACUCGUAAUGUGGUUCGGAUAAUUGGGAAGGAUGCUGCGGGCGAUUAUUGGCUUUUGUUCAAGACUCGACCUGCGGCGUGGCCAGCGAUCCAUAGACAGUUGAUGGAUUUGCUCAAGAUAGAUGAGCGAGAGUGA